AAAACGUCAGAUUUCGUUCACAUGACGUUUUUGCCGUUGUUUAUAUUGGAUAUUUCUGGAAUAUUGUGAGAAAAUAUUAUAAAUACGCGUACAAAAUGGUGAAAAUUGCUCUGCAGAUAAAGGCGAAUCUUGAAUGUAUUGAAAAAUUGUAUACAAACCAUCCACACUACCAGUGGUUUUUGAAAUUAAAGUGUGGAAGUUGCGGCGAAGUUUCUGAGAAGUUUCAUGACCUGACGGAGUCAGAUAAAGUGCCUCAAAAGCACAAUAGGUCGGAAACCAAUCUGCUCAUAAAGUGCAAACUGUGUUCUAGGGAGAACAGCAUCGACGUGAUAGAAGGAUCCAAUGGGGCCUAUACAAGCAAUGACUUGGGAAAGUUCAAGACCCUGGUAACAUUUGACUGUCGAGGAGUGGAGCCUGUGGACUUCGAACCUAAGUCAGGGUGGAUAGCAGAGGCUGAAGACAAUGGAAAAAAGUUUGAAGAUGUAGACCUAACUGAGAAGGAGUGGGUGGACUACGAUGAGAAGAAUCAGACAUCCGUAGGUGUUUACGAACUAGAAUGGCAGUUCAUCAAAGUGAAAUAAGUCUUAAAUUAUAUUAUGUAAGUGUUAUAUUAAGUUUUGCAUUUAACAAUAAAUUAUAAUCUAUUAUAAAAUGAAAGAAUACUUUAUUAUUUCUGUUUUAAAAGGGAAAUCAUUAAAAUCAGGUACCUAGCUAUACUAGUAUGUUUUUAAUAAAAAUAUCAAAAUAAAUAUUAAGUGGGUUCAUAUUGUCGCCUUAAGUCGCCUGUUGUAAGCACCUUUCAGACACCACAUUCUACUAAUGUGAUUAUCUUCAACAAAAUCUCAAUUUAUUGCAGUUAAUUUCAUUCUGAUUAAAAAAUUCAGAACACGAAUUUCUCGUUUGUCUAUUGUGAGGUUUUGUUGACAAAAAUCACAUCUUAGGUCUUAGGACCAAGCGCGCGACUCUUUCCCGCCUCGACAUACGUCACCCGUCACUCUUUCACAGUACUGCACAGAAAGAGACAGACGAUCUCUGUCGCGGCGAGAAAGAGUAGCGUGCUUACGGUGCUAGGCCCGCUGAUUGUGAUUUUUCGAAACGGUUCUUAGGUUACAAUUUUUUCGAAAUCAUGACACGUAAAUUGGCGGCAAACCAACAAUUGUUUAUUUAACUUUUGAAAUUACUAACCCAAUAGGAAUGAUGAUGAUGAGUUGUGUGCCUGUCUAAGGUAAUUGAAAAUCGCAAUAAUAAAAGAAAAUAUUUACGUAAUCAACGCAUCUACCUUAAUAAUACUCAUGUUACAAUUUGAAAAGCUUCCUUCUCUUCAUUAAACUUCCAUUUUGUUGUGCCCGAAAGGGUCUGUAAUGUGAAAUUCAUAAUGUAACCAACUUGUAUACCAUCAUAGUAUGCAAAUAAAGAAUAUUGAAUAUCUAACGGUAAAUAAAAGUUACGUACUUAAUCCAUUAUAACAAGAUCGAAAACAACCAUUGUUUUACUAAUUACUUUUUAGUGCAUAAUCAAUUAUGAGUAGUCAUUCCAUUGAAUAUUUUCAUAACAUAAAUAUAAUAGAGUUAUGAUCUUAUAGUACAGCAUGCAGUGGCUUGCAUAAAUAAAAUGAAAAUAAAACUGUCUA